GGGGCGUGUUCCUUGCGUGGCCCCGCCUCCUCAGGGCAGGCCCUCGGCCGCCAUCUUGGGCGCCUGGAAAGUUUGUGAAGAAGAGCUAAAGGGGGGGAGGGGCGGAAAGUCAGGAGAGAGAAAGAAAGAAAGAAAGAGGGAAAGAAAGAAAGAGGGAAAGAGGAGGAGGAGGGAUGCCGGUGCGGAGGCAAGAGGCGGAGCGGGCCCUGCGUCUGCUGGAGGGCUACCGGGCUCGCCUGGGCCCCGCCGAGGAGCGCCGGCAGCUGCGCGGGUCCCUGGAGAGGGUCAUCGGCGUCUUCCAGAGCAGCCUCUUCCGCGCCCUCCUGGACAUCCAGGAGUUCUACGAGGCCUCCCUCCUCGACCAGCCCCGCGGCCAAGCCAGCAAGCACCGCCAGCCCCCCGCCGCCGCCGCCGUCCCUCCGGUCAACGCCUGGGACCUCUCCGGAGGAGGAGCCGACCCCGAGGGCCCCGAGAAGGAGCAGGAGCAGAAAUACCGCUCCCAAGACGACGAUGACUCGCCUUCCCUGGCGCCCAGCAGCUCGCCACAGGCGCCCAGUGAGGUAGCAGCUCCGGAGUUGGUCCAAGUGUCAGAGAAGAGCCUCUCCCAGGUGGAAAACAUCCAUGGCUUCGUGUCCCAUGCGCAUAUUUCACCGGUCAAGGCAAAUCCCCCUCCAGUUGUUGUGAACACAGACGCUUCAGAGGCACCGGCUUACGUCAACGGCACAGAUGCAGACUAUGAGUAUGAAGAAAUCACCCUGGAACGGGGCAAUUCCGGACUGGGCUUUAGCAUUGCUGGUGGGACUGACAACCCGCACAUUGAGGAUGACACUGGCAUCUUCAUCACCAAGAUCAUCCCCGGUGGGGCAGCUGCUCAAGAUGGGAGGUUGCGGGUGAGCGACUGCAUCUUGCGGGUCAACGAGGUGGAUGUCCGUGAUGUGACACACAGCAAAGCUGUGGAGGCCUUAAAGGAGGCUGGUUCCAUGGUCCGACUGCACAUCAAGAGGAGGAAGCAAGUGACGGAGAAGAUUGUGGAGAUAAAGCUGGUCAAAGGCCCCAAAGGUCUUGGCUUUAGCAUUGCCGGCGGGGUUGGAAACCAGCACAUUCCGGGAGACAACAGCAUCUACGUCACCAAAAUUAUCGAAGGCGGUGCUGCCCACAAGGACGGCAAGCUCCAGAUUGGAGACAAGUUGAUGGCUGUGAACAGCGUUUGCUUAGAAGAAGUGACGCACGAGGAGGCAGUGACAGCCCUCAAGAACACCUCCGACUUGGUGUACCUGAAAGUAGCAAAGCCCACCAGCAUGUUCAUGAAUGACAGAUACACCACCCCAGACCUCACCAACGCUUACUCGCAGCCCAUCGACAACCACAUCAGUCCGUCGACCUACCUGGGGCAGACCCUGCCACCAGCCUCGCCUGGGAGGUAUUCUCCCAUCCCUAAGGGGAUGCUUGGGGACGACGAGAUCACCAGGGAGCCACGGAGGUUGGUGCUUCAUCGGGGAUCCACGGGGCUUGGCUUCAACAUCGUGGGAGGUGAAGAUGGGGAAGGGAUCUUCGUCUCCUUCAUCCUUGCCGGGGGUCCUGCGGAUCUCAGUGGGGAGCUCCGGAAGGGGGACCGCAUCAUUUCGGUAAAUGGCGUAGACCUCAAAGCAGCCACCCACGAAGAGGCAGCAGCUGCCUUGAAAAAUGCUGGCCAAGCGGUCACAAUUGUGGCUCAGUACCGUCCAGAAGAAUACAGCCGGUUUGAAGCUAAAAUCCAUGACUUGCGAGAGCAGAUGAUGAACAGCAGCAUCAGUUCAGGAUCUGGUUCCCUGCGGACAAGUCAAAAGCGGUCCCUCUAUGUCAGAGCACUCUUUGACUAUGACAAGACAAAAGACAGCGGCCUCCCCAGCCAGGGGCUGAACUUUGGCUUCGGGGACAUCCUUCAUGUCCUCAAUGCUUCUGACGACGAGUGGUGGCAGGCGAGGCUGGUGAUGCCAGGCGGCGAGAGCGAGGAGGUCGGCGUCAUCCCCAGCAAGCGCAGGGUUGAGAAGAAAGAACGAGCUCGUCUAAAGACGGUGAAAUUUAAUUCAAAAGCCAGAGGUGACAAAGGGGAAGACGCCUGGUUCGUCAUGCUGGAUUUAAAAGACAUGUACUUCCAUAUUUCGAUUCGAGAGGAUCACCGCAGGUUCCUCGUGUUUGCCGUUGGGACUGAACUUUUCCAGUACAAAGUCCUUCCCUUCAGUCUCUCCACAGCUCCAAGGGUCUUCACGAAGUGUAUGGCACCGGUUGUGGCCUUUCUCCAUCAGAAAGGGAUAACAGUCUUCCCGUACCUAGACGACUGGCUUCUCACGGCACCAUCCUGAGAGAUCCUCCUCCAGGAUGUGCAGUUCUCUCUGUCCCUUCUGGACGCUCUAGGCCUCAAGGUCAACUUCGAAAAGUCGAACUUGACCCCUGCCAAACGAAUGGAUUUCAUUGGAACCACAUUGGACUCUGUUGGGCUGAAAGCGUUCCUGCCCCAAACGAGGUUUCAGGCCCUUUGCACAGCGAUACUACCCUGUCUCCUCCAAAGGCGCCUACGGGCUCGGCUCAUACAGGUCGCAAUGGGACACUUGGCUUCCACUACCUUUGUCACUCCAUGGGCAAGGCUUCGCCUCAGACCACUUCAAUCUUGGUUCCUUUCCGUGUUCGAUCCCGUGCUGGACUCCCCUUCCAAGAUGCUCACCAUCCCGAGGAGAGUCCAGAAGUCUCUACCAUGGUGGCUCCGAUCCGACAACAUCUGCUUGGGCAUGCCCUUCCUGCCACCGCAGCCAGACGUUACUCUUACCACAGAUGUGUCCCUUCAGGGUUGGGGAGCCCACACUUCAGACUUCACCAUAAAGGACAAAUGGACACUCACGGAGGCCGCGCUCCACAUCAAUGUGCUGGAGAUGCUAGCCGUAGAACAGGCACUCAGGGCCUUCCAAACGCUUCUUGCCAACAAGGUGGUUCUCCUACUCAUGGACAACACCACCGUGAUGUUCUACCUGAACAAACAAGGUGGUACGAAGUCAAAGACGUUGUUGACCAUCACUCUUCGAAUCUGGGAAUGGUGCAUUCUACACAAGAUUCUGCUGCAAUGCAUUCAUCUCCCGGGAGACCAGAACGACCUGGCGGACCAGGUCAGCAGAUCCUCCACGACUUGCCACGAAUGGAGACUGCAUUCAGAGGUGGUCGACCACCUGUUCUCCCGAUGGGGAACACCACAAAUGGAACUGUUUGCCUCCCCACUGAACACUCACAGCCCAACCUUCUGCUCUCGGGUUCGAGCGCCGGGUUCGAGAGGAGACGCCUUCCAGCUCAGGUGGUCGCAGGGACUGAUUUACGCCUCCUCAUUUUCCACUCAUCAGAAGGGUGCUGUCGAAGAUGUUGGCGGACCACUCGGAUGCGAUCUUGAUCACCCCGUAGUGGCCCAGACAGCCUUGGUUCACCCCUCUCCUUUGCCUCGCGAGACAAGAUUAUCUCCAGCUCGAGUUCCAUCCCAAUCUCCUCUCACUACACGCCGGAUGGGUCCUCCAUCCCGAUAUGCACUCUCUCCCAUUGGUGGCAUGGAGGAUUCGGUGUUGACUUCUUUGCCUUCCAACAUCCGGGAUGUCCUUCUUGCGGCGCAGAAGCCUACCACACAGAAGUCCUAAAGAUACAAAUGGGACAAAUUUCUCGCCUUUCUACGGGACAGAGAUGUCCUUCCAUCUCAGGUCUCCAUCCCGACAGUGCUGGAGUUUCUCAUGACCCUGGCUGAUGCGGGUCUUUGUUUGAGCUCUAUAAAGUGCUACCUCUCUGCCAUCUCUUCCCACUACCUGUUUGAUGGCAAACCUUCUUUGUUUGGGGACCCCCUCAUACGGAGGUUCCUCAAGGGGUUAAACAACCUGCAUCCACCGGCUUCCGUCCCAGCUCCGGCAUGGAAUUUGGAUGUGGUCCUGGCCCGCUUAGCUUCCAAACCAUUUGAGCCCAUGGCUACCACAGACUUAAGAUUGCUGACCUGGAAAACAGCUUUCUUAGUGGCCAUUACUUCUGCCCGCCGGGCGGGUGAACUAUGUGCCUUGCGAGCGGACCAGCCCUUUCUGCCUUUUUCACAAAGAUAAAGUGGUUCUCCGUACCGACAUAACCUUCCUGCCGAAGAUAGUGUCUGCUUUUCAUAUGAACCAGGACAUUGUUUUGCCAACCUUGGCUCCAAACCUGACCACUGACUCUGAACACCAGAGCCAUGCCCUGGAUGUCCGCAGGGGUUAGCUUUCUAUCUGGACAGAACAUCGGAUUCGAGGCGCUCAGAAAGACUGUUUGCCUGCUAUUCUGAGGCCAAGAAGGGACUACCGGUAUCAGCUCAGAGGUUCUCCAAAUGGGUGGCCAAUACCAUCCACCUCUGUUAUGAGCUGUCUGGUAAACCGGUUCCAGGUCAAGUUCGAGCCCAUGCAACACGGGCGGUAGCAACAUCCUCCACAUUUUUGACAGGGGUCCCGUUGGAGGAUGUUUGUAAGGCUGCUGUCUGGUCCCAACCAUUGACUUUCAUCAGACAUUACAGGCUGGACGCCAGGGCCAGACAGGAGGCAGCCUUCGGGAGGGCAGUGUUACUUUCUGCUUUGCAUUGAUCCUGUUGGAGUGUUAAUAAAUGACAAUACGUCUGUUAUGAUUAUUGAAAUUGGUAAUUUCAGCCAUUGUGUUUUCAUGACACUCCCUCCUCCACUGACCUAAGCUUGCUAGUCUGAACCCAUUUGUGUGAUUCGCAGAGACCACGAAGAAGAUGAACAGGUUGCUCAUCUGUAACUGUGUUUCUUCGAGUGGUCAUCUGCGAAUUCACACAAACCCGCCCAUCCUCCCCUCAGUGUCUUUCUCUUUGCUAACUUCGCUGUCGCGCUUUGCGGCUCAUUCGGAACUGAAGAGAGCAGGACCGU